AUACGAGUACCGUACUACCGUAGUACUCCGUCACGUCUUCCCUUGUCCGGGUGUUGGAGUGAUUAUUUCGUCCCCCCCCCGGCAUCCACCCUCCUUUACCACUUCACCCCUCUCUCGUUUGUUCGCCCUCAUAUCGUGCCCCUAUUCCAUUGUUUGGUUGGCUAUUUACGAUUCCUCGUCUUCUGCCAUCCACUGCCUCGACAUGAUUAAGGAUGAAUCCCUUGAAGCGAAGAAACGUUUUUUUGAAGGCCUCUAUUCUCUUGAUUCGAUUGUCGAGGAUGACGACCUGUACGAAAAUAACCCAGUCUCUGCACUGCUAACAAAGACAAAAGAUCCCGCUAUCAGGAAUCCUCGAACCUUACCUAAGCUCACUCGGUCCCGCACAGCUUCUGCGUCAAGUGCAAGGCCUGCUUCUAGUUCGAGGUCUGCGGUUUCAAGGACCCUUUCGUUACCCACCCAAAAGCCUCGCCCUUCCACCAUGCUAGAUAGACCUGUACCUACGCUCUCGACUCCUGCUGUCAUGGCUUCUUCGGCUCGGCCUAAGAUACCUCGUUCCCCUCGUCCCCCCUCCUCCUCAACAUCUGCUGUGACCUCCCCUUCCUCGAGGGCUACCGCCACAGCUGCUCCCUCAUCACCGCCUUUACCCGAUAUGCCGUCGAUGCAUGUCCCGACGUCGGCAGCCCCUCCGGAAUCCUCGAGGAUGUCUGCUGUGGGAUCAGGGGGCUCUACAAAGCGAAAACGCUCCUCAAAGCUGGCCUACCAACCAACGGCUAGAAACUCUCAACUCAUCUUUUCAGACCUUGUUUUCUGUAGGCAAACGAAAGCCAUAUUUGCGCAUGGGCGGAAUUACUUACGAUUUGUAGACUUCAUUCCAAACGACAUCAAGAAUCCGGCAAGGAGGAUGCGAGUUCAGAAAGCUACUGAAUUUGGCGCUUUUUGUAUAAAUGAAUGGAAUGAUCGGUGUAUGUAUAUGAGAGACUGCCUUAUGAAUAACAGCUUGUCAUAGUUCGCAGUUUUUCUUUUGGAAUGCAUAGAUCGGGCUAAUGCAGUAGAAACAAAAGUUAUCACCCAUGUUAUUGCCGAAAGUCGCUUCAAAUAUCUCGAUGUCCUCGGGUACCUAAAACUUGAGAAGCUACCAGUAAUUAAUAUUCUGAUUCCCUUCACUCUUGCAAAUACCUGAACGGCAACCUCCUUGUAGGGAAACAUCAUCGUCGUGAAUCAAGAAUACGCAGGGGACUGCCUGCACCAUGGCCGCAUCCUUGAUCAUACCCAGAAGGUCUACGGGAUCCACGGUCGCGCACCCCUGUCACCACCUCAGGCUCCAGCCCCACCGCCUUCUACGAACGAAAUACCUUCAUCGCCACAAAGUCUUCAGAUUAAGCCCUCCCGUCGGAAGAAGGCUCCAGAGAGGUUCGCUUAGAUACCUGCUUUGGAGUAAGGAUUGCAGCCUUCCUAACGUGUAUCUGCAGUACCCAAGCCUCUUCGCACCCGCCCUCUAGCCUCUCGAGCCUGCGGCCCUUCGAAAUCGAUGCCCCGGUACCCACACGCAGCGAUUACGUGGCCUCGCCGGCGCCCGAAGAAAGGUCUCGGAAAGAUGAGCUGGACAUGAUGAUUGACGAGGCAAAGAAAAUAGGCUCCUUGGUAAGAACAUGAUAUAUCACUCGCUGAAAGAUGGCUGAUGGCUUGGAGCCACUGGAAGACGAAGAAGGGGAGUUGAAGAAUGUGGAGGAGAUUGAGACGACCGAUGACGAGCGGGAUUCGCUGGAACUGGCCAAAAGGCAAAAAACUAAAGACAGGAGAAGAAAGAACGAUAAAUCUGGACGCUCUCUAGAGGCGUUUCAGUGCCUGGAGAAAAACGACGGGAACCAGACGGAGGGGAGCCCCAAUAAGAGGACUAUUGAGAUUGUGAGAUUUGGAGCUGAAGCUUCACGGAAGCAUUUACUAAUGACGAUAGUAAAUAGUUAUCGGAGAUGCAGCGUUAUUACGAAAUGCUGAAAGAUACUUGGAGGUCUUUGGGGUAUAGGAAGGCCAUAGCUACCUUGAAGAAACAGGAUCACAAGAUUAGAUUUGCCAGCGAAGCUCGAGAGUAUGCCCUCUUCCCAACCCCCCCCCCCCCCCCCUUUUCGAGGCUCGUACUCAUCAAGUAGGCUCCCGGGAAUUGGUGACAGAAUAGCCAUAAAGAUUGAAGAAAUAGGUGACUGCUCUCUUGCUCGCAUCGUGUUCCCCGGCUCUAACCCAUAUUAGUCCGAACUGAUCGCCUUCGAAGGCUUGAUUAUGCAAAGAUGGAUCCGGAAGAUGAGGCAUUGAGGCUAUUCCUUGGUAUUUACGGCGUAGGGUGGACAUCACUGAUGCCUCUAAACAAGCCUACCUGCUAACACAGCUUCCAAUAGUGGAGUAAAGGCUCAGAAGUGGGUAGACGCAGGGUAUAAAACUCUGGAUGACAUAAAAACCCACGUGCGACUCACUUCAUCUCAGCGGAUUGGGAUUGAGCACCACGAAGAUUUCCAGCAACGCAUCCCACGGGACGAAGUGAAGCAGCACGGUGACAUCGCCACGCGUGUUGCCCACGAAAUAGAUGCCGAGCUAAAGCUUGAGAUUCUAGGAUCGUAUAGGCGGGGUGCUAAGGAUUGUGGUGACGUGAGAUAUUUAUUGAGCCACCAGUAACGCGAGUGAUUGGUUAAUUGGUUGGCGUAGAUCGAUAUCAUGAUCACUAAAGAGGGUGUAGAGGCGCAUGCAAUUACCGGUAUGGCAUCCUCCCCCAGUAUUUGACUUUCGCCUUGAACUGACCAUUGAGUAGAGAUUCUCUGCGAACUCGUCGAGAAGCUCUUCGAAAUUGACUUCUUGCAAUGUGCCCGUAUGUCUCCCUCACAAUAAUAUACCCACUAAAGAGUAUCCAAUAACUCCUUGCAGUCGCAACCCCGAGAGGCUUAGAUAAUGGCACAAAAUGGCACGGCGCAUCAAAAAUCUCCCCAGGGCCCUGGCGUCGAAUAGACUUCCUAGUAGUCCCUUGGGUAGAGCGCGGUGCGGCACUACUAUACUUCACAGGCAACGACAUAUUCAACAGGUCACUCCGUCUCUUAGCCUCCAAAAAGGGCUUCAGACUCAACCAGAGUGGACUGUACAAAGAUGUUUUGCGCGGAACGGACAGAAUAAAAUUCACGGACGGGGCCCUAGUAGAGGGUGAGUCGGAAGAGAAGAUUUUCAAAAUUCUGGGCGUGCCGUACAGGCCGCCUGAGCACAGGAUUUGCUGAGCAGUCUUCAUAGAGUGAAGCUUGUUUAUGAUAUGGUCCGGGAAGACUACUCGUGCCAAAUUCCUAGCAGGUAUGACGGCUUUUAAUGUAUAGAAUGACACCAGAAGUUGCUGUACUGUAAUGUAGAUAUCGACUUGAGCUUUGCCCCGUCGAGGAGGCUAUAGGAAAUAACGGUGCGGAGGAAUAGUUGUGGUGCUGCCGGGUGAUGCACUCUUGGGGCUGGUUGUGGUACCGUACCGGUAGGGAGAGCGGUGUUCUAGAGUAUCCCCAUACCAGGAGUUUAGGAUGGGUGGAUGAUUACUGUAUAUUCUAUCAUAGUAUUGAGGGUUUUCUUGCGGCACACCGGGAGCGGCCGGCCUGUCGGUUGGUGGAGCCACACCACUAGUGUUCAUUGGGAGUGGAGUCGUUGUAUUAUAGCACGGUAAAUAUCUAGGUGGGAGAAUUCGGGAAAACCACGACACAUUUCGAAAGCACUGAAAAAUACGCGUACCCACACACCCCUCCGUCACCUGGAUUUACGGUACUGUACGCGCGCUGGUACC